AUGGGAGAAUCAAGACAAGAACUCGUGGCCUGGUUGAACAACCUCCUCCAGCUUAACAUCACCAAAGUCGAACAAUGCGGUACCGGAGCAGCACUGUGCCAGGUCUUCGACAGCAUAUUCUACGAUGUGCCCAUGUCGCGAGUCAAGUUCAAUGCCAACACUGAGUAUGCAUACCUGCAGAACUUCAAGGUAUUACAGAACACGUUCGCCAAGCACCAGAUCGACAAGCCCAUCCGCGUCGAGUCGCUCGUAAAGUGCAAGAUGCAGGACAACCUCGAGUUCCUCCAAUUCGUCAAGCAGUACUGGGACCAGCACUUCCCAGGCCACGAAUACGACCCCGUUGCCCGCCGCAAGGGCCAGGGCGGCGUCGCCACGGGAGCCGCACCCCGCGCCGCUGCCUCGACUGCCCGACGAGCACCCGCUGCCUCCAACACGGCCGCACCGCGUACCCGCACACCCCUGGCGUCUGGCGGAGGAGCCGCGAGCGCCGCACUGCGCGAGGAAAACACGGCGCUCAAGGAGACGGUGACGGGCCUGGAGCGCGAGCGCGACUUUUACUUUAGCAAGCUGCGUGACAUUGAGCUGCUGAUUCAGCAGGCCAUGGAAGCGGAUCCAGAGCUUGAAAAGGACGAGGGCUUGCUCAAGCAGAUCCAAAACAUACUCUACUCUACCGAGGAGGGCUUCGAGAUCCCGCCCGAGGCCGAGGGCGCCGAGGAGGAGACGUUUUAG